GAUCAACUUUUAAUUAUCAUUUCUAAUUUAAUUAAGCGUUAAAAUCGCAUAAAUUUACGCUUUCUUACCAAAACUUACAGAACAAAAAUGGACUACUACAUCAACACAAUUUACGCUGGCUGGCGUGAUCUCAUGGACAACAAAUCCGAUCCGCGCACACGAGAUUGGCCAUUAAUGAGUUCACCCUUCCCCACCAUUGCCAUCAGUUUAUCCUACGCAUACUUUGUGAAGGUACUUGGUCCCAAAAUGAUGGAAAACAGAAAACCUUUUGAAUUGCGCAAAGUCUUAAUCGUUUACAAUUUUGCGCAGGUACUCUUCAGCGCCUGGCUAUUCUAUGAGUCCUGCAUUGGUGGUUGGUUGAAUGGCUAUAAUAUCAGAUGUGAACCUGUGGACUAUUCAUAUUCCCCAGGAGCGUUGAGGGUGGCACGAGGCUGUUGGUGGUACUACAUCUCGAAAUUCACAGAAUUUUUCGACACUUUCUUCUUUGUGAUGCGCAAGCGCUACGAUCAAGUGUCGACGCUGCAUGUAAUCCAUCACGGCAUUAUGCCCUGCUCUGUUUGGUGGGGUGUGAAAUUCACACCCGGCGGCCAUUCGUCGUUCUUCGGCUUCCUCAACACCUUUGUACACAUAAUUAUGUACACCUACUACAUGUUGGCUGCCAUGGGACCCAAAGUACAAAAGUAUUUGUGGUGGAAGAAAUAUCUUACUGUCUUGCAGAUGAUUCAGUUUGUGUUAGUCAUGGUGCACUCAUUCCAGUUAUUCUUCAGAAACGAUUGUAACUAUCCAAUUGGUUUUGCUUACUUUAUUGGUGCGCAUGCGGCCAUGUUCUAUUUCCUAUUCUCCGACUUUUACAAACAGGCGUACCUCAAGCGUGAGCAGAAGAAGGACAAACUUGCUGCCGCAGCCAAUGGCAAGCUGAGCAACGGCUAUGCAAAUGGCGCUUUGAAGUCAGCCGAAGAACAGACCAAGGAGAUUAACGGCAACCUUAAGGUUCUGGAUAAUAACAAAUUAGAGGGUUAUCAUAAAUCCACAUUGACGUCGCCGUCAACUUGCGCCACAACACCGACAACAACGAGACAUCGAGUCUUUGCCGCGGCGAAUAAUUAAUUUAAAUGUAGUAAUCAUAACUAAUAUGUAAUUUAAAGCAAAAACAAAAAUCGAAAACCUAAAAUUAAUAGAAAUUUAACAUUAAGUUAUUUGCUCGUAAGGCUUUUGUAGUUAUUUGUAUGAAUGCACGUUAUAAAGCAGGAGAAACAGAGUUUAGUGAGAAGCACAAGUAGUACAUACUUUUUUUUUUUAAUUUUGAUCACAUACAGUGGUGGUCAAAACGUAAGGAAUUACAUCCGCGUUUCUAAAUUUCUAACUACAUCCUGUCAUUGCACUUUUAAAUGUUCAAAUAUUACUGCUCGCUUAGUAAAUCUUCACACCAGCAUGGCCCAAACAGACCUUAAUGAUCUGUCACUUGUAUCUAAUCGUUCUGUUUUUCAAACUGGCUGUAAUAACUGCUGCUUUUGAGGAUUUUACUUAUAGCUACAAAACUAGUAAACAAUUUCCUUACUUUGUAGCACGUUUUCUCGCUUGGUUUACUAUUUCAGUAAAACUAAAUCGGUUUUUUUUUUUGCUUGGGGUAACAGGGACCUAAUAUACGAAAAAAAAUGGUUCAACAAAAUUUCAAUCGAAUGUCCUGAAAGCAAAUUUAAGCAGCAUAUAAAGCUCAAAAAAGCUCAAGUUGAAGUAUUUUUUCUCGGUUCAAAUCGAAAAAGGGACUUUCGGUCAUCGAUCUCAGGGAUCUUCCAAGAAAAAGUGCUCAGCCAGCAGACAGUUUUACUAUGUAGAAAGCUUUCACUACUUUAAUCAACAAUCCUGAGCUCCUAAUCGUUGUCUAAAAUAUAAGCUGACGCCUAUUACAUGCCUUCUCGCAAGCAUGCCGCUUACCAAAUGAACCCUAAUUUACUAAGUGCAAUCACGUAAAAGUAAUAAAUUUGCAAAAAGAGGAUUGAGAAUGACCAUUUUUCGCGAUUUAAUUAUUAACUAUAUUAACUGUUGUGGUGAAAAUGUAAUUUUUGAUUAAAAAUUCUAAGAAAUGUUCCAAACUUAGCCAAAAGAAACACAGUUUUUACCUUAAAAACUGUUAUUGGCCAGCCUUUGUAAAUUUUUCGUCUCAGUUCCAAAUAUUUUGUCCACCACUGUACGUUUAAACAAAAAAAAACAAACACUGUAAAGAAAGCUAUGUGUAACUAUUUACUUAAGUUGUGCUUACAACGAAAAACUAAGAGUAUUUUAAAGUGGAAGUCAUUUACAUAAUUUAAA